CUUUCACCAAUCCCAUCCUCUUUCGCCCAUCUCCAUGGCUCCCUUUCCUUUUGCUUCCUUCUUCGUAUAAGGGAUUUGGUACAUGCUCCAUUAGACCUCCUAUUACAACCCAUCCAUAACAAGGUAUUCCAAUACCUUUUAGUAUUCUAAAGCAAAACCCAAUCAACGAAAAUCGGAAGUCUUAUUGCGGUUCCGUCCAUUGUGAUGUGAGAGGUUGUUGGAUGAGCUGGAUGUGUUGCAAAACAGGGCACAAGCAUACUUGGUUCAGGUGGCGAUGCUAAAAACGUAAGUUAAUGCAUGAGCUCGGGUUUUCUCCUGAGGAUUCGGAUAGAUUUACUAAAUCUCUUUGUGCUAUACUGGACAAAAAAACGAGGAACUUAAAUGAGAAUAUCACUUGCCAGAUGGAAAGUUGAUAUUCUAUUAUGCCAUUGGUUGUUGCCGAGACUUUGCUGAGUGCGGAUGAGCUGAAGAAGGAUGCCAAAUCUGAACAUUUUAAGGGAAGCCCCCUAUUAUUACAGAUUUGGCUUGCGGAACGGCUUAGACUUUUGGAAGCUCCUGCCGAUCCUAAACAUUAUCGCCCUAUAGCUUUGGGUAACCGAAAAUACUUGCACCAAGGCCAAGACGAGGCCGAAUGGACCUCCUUUUUUACUUAUGGUAUUUGUUCUAUUAAGUGGGUGGUACCAUGGUGGGGUUUAACUACUAUGACAGGGGGUUCGUAUGUAUCGGUUUAUGUUUCUUUGUUGGGGCUAUCUCGUCCCAUUUAUAUUUUUCCUUACCGAGUCAUGCGUCAAUAUGGUUUAAGGCAGACUAUCCCCUUUUCUGAUACGGUACCACCUAAGGUAGCGGCCUUUUCACAAACACGGGUCCUAGCGUGGGCCAAGUAUUAUGAUGGUCUCCCGCGUUGGGUCGUGGCUACAAAUGGCUUUGUGGGUCUUUCUGAAAACCAUAAGUUGUGGAUGAGCUCCAAUGACAAAGAUGUGAGGACCGAGGCUCGUAAUGGGGAGCCGGAUGAGCUUUUGAUACCUCAUAUUCGUGUUAAGUAUGAGGGUCCUGAUUCUGCCAAACCUCGUACCUAUAGUUUUAAGACUGUGAAAGCUCGUCCUGAUCGAAAGCGAAAGGAAGUUCCUCCCCGUUCCAGUUUCAGGCCUAAAAAGAUGCCUAACAUGAAGGGGCCUGCUGUUGUUAAAAGAAAUGCAAGCUCUUGCGGAGAUCGUCGCCGGAACAAUGUAUGGGUUAGGAAGGCUCAACCGCCUGUAGAAACAGUGGCUAGUCUAGUUGAUGAUAAUAAUUCUUCUCCCACCAUUGCCUGUGCCUUCGAGGCUGAGCGGGCUAUAAUUGAGAAUGUUUCUGAAGCCUUGACAUCUUUGGAAGUUAGUGUCCAGGAGCCGGUUCUUAUGGAGAUUGACAUUGGGGCUGCGCAGAAGACUAUGGGGGUGGAUCCUGCGAACAUUGCUCUCUACAAGACUUUAUUUGAUGAUCCGGAAGAACUAGAGUAGUGUAGUUCUUGCUAGGGUGUAGGUGCCCCUUUAUUUAUUUCAGUUGUGUUUGUUUUUUAUUCCUAGCACUUUGUUUUCCUUCUUAUCAUAUUUUAAUAAAGGCACAUUUUUAGUUUUCAUUUAUUUUUGUUUCUCCUCUUUUUUUUUUAUGUAUUUUAUAUGUCUAACACUUUUUUGCAAAGAAUAUGUUUUUUAUUUGGACCGAAUCCUUGGUAA